CGACAUCAUGGAAGAUAAACGGAGAGAAGAAAUAUUGCUUUAUGAACAAUUCUCUUGAGUGGCAGGAUGCCAAGGAUAGCUGCAUUUCGAUGGGAGCACAUCUUCUGGCAAUAGAGACGGAGGCUGAACAAAUAUGGAUUCAAAACGAAAUUUCAGCCUCUGGGAAUGCAUGGUGGAUGGGGGGAACAGAUGCAAAAUCAGAAGGCACGUUUUACUGGGAACACUCAAACAACACAUUGAAUUUCACAAACUGGUAUAAUGGUGAACCAAAUGGGGGUACAGGUGAAAAUUGCCUGGAAAUGUUUUCCGGGGGUGAUUGGAAUGACAAGUCUUGUAAUUCAUUUCUUUUCUAUAUUUGUGAAAAAUAG